AGCUGGGGCAGAGGGCAACACGGAUAGAUCAGGGAUCGGCCGAGCCUAAUGUUCUGGGAGCCUUUCUAAUCCCGGAAUGGAUGGUUUAUCUAUCCAGCCAUCAAGGAGAAGGGGUCUGAGAGGAAGAUCCCCAGUGAGGGUGAACUGGAGCCACCUUGGGCUGGUGCUUUUGUUCCUCGUGUCCAUCGCCAUGACCGGCUGCUUUAUAUGGCAAUUUAAACUCCCUAAGAAGGAACCAGGUCUUCCAGUAAAAGAGAAAGUUCCUGAUGUGGUGAAAAUGUGCCCACGAUUUCCAGAACCAGUGCCUUUGGAGCACCCAAUCCCCAUCCUGAAAGAGGCUCUGGAGAAGGUGGACAAACUUUUGAGGCAUAAAAUUCAUACUCCAGGAUUGCCCGCCAUAUCAGCCAUUGUCACUUAUAAUGACACGGUGCUGUGGACAGGGAACUUUGGCAAGAAGAAUGGAUCCGACCCUUUCUCGGCUGCUCCAAAUGAGUACACGAUUUACCGAAUCGCCAGCAUCUCGAAGAUAUUUCCUGCGUUGAUGUUGUACAAACUGUGGGAAGAAGGAGAGGUGGCUUCACUGGAUGAUCCCCUCGACAGAUACGUCUCCAACUUUUCCAUCAAAAACCCUCUGGGCCAAUCCAAGUCGUCCGACCACCGAUAUAUGGUGGAUGGUUUAGCGUUCACACAGAAAGGCGCCCAACUGGUUAAACCAUCGUCGGUCACACUGCGCAGGAUGGCGAGUCACCUGUCAGGUCUGCCGCGCAGGCUGCGCUCCACCAAUCUCCUGUGGAAGGGAACCACCGAGCAGGCCAUUGACCUCCUGCGAGACGAUGUGUUGGUGGCCGACCCUGGAACACGGUGUCAUUACAGUAAUCUGGCAUUUUCGCUGCUGGCUCAUGUCCUGGCAGAGCAAACCUCCGAAGGAGAAUACCAGCGCUGGGUGGCAGAUAACAUUCUAGACCGGCUGGGUAUGGAGGACACAGGGUUUGACAUCACACCCCCGGUACAGGCACAGAUGGCAGUGGGCUUCUAUGGCAGCGGCCAGCAAGCUCCUCUCUACGACCUAGGCUGGUAUCGCCCCUCGGGUCAGAUGUAUUCCACAGCAGCGGAUAUGGCUAAACUGGCCAUGGUUUUAAUGAGUACCUAUCAUCGACGAAUCCUGGAGGCUGACACGUUAAAGACAAUGCUGACCCCACUUCUAAAGUGCUCUAGUGAUUACUUUGCUAACAAGACUGGGACCCCUUGGGAAAUCAAUGAGCAACACGGAUACGAUGUAAUUCGGAAAGAUGGAGAUUUGGAUGGAUUUUCCGCUACGUUUUCUAUGGUCCCCAAACUCCGUCUUAGCUUCAUUGUGCUCAUGUCCGGCGUGAGACCUCAGGAGGAGGACAUAGUGUCAAAAACAUAUAAUUACCUCAUUCCAGCCAUGGAAAAAGCAUUAAAAGAGGCAGAGAAGAGACUUAGCCCAGUGCCCGAUGCCACCCCUUAUGUUGGCUAUUACAGUUACGCAAAUCUGACCUUUUAUGAGAUUAAAGUUGGACCCAAUGGGGUGUUGACCAUGCAGCAAUUUGGACCCCACAUCGAAGAGCUGAUUCCAGAAGGUUACCGGACCAUACGGCUUCAUUAUUUGGAGGAGAGGGUCUUCCAGGUGGUGUUUGAGAAAGAGUACCCCUGUGUUCUGAAGCUGGGCUCUGCCUCGGUCUCGCUGGAAACUCAGGAUGGGCAGCUUUUCAAUUUCUAUGCUUUGGAUCCUCAAGGUUUGUCCCCUGGAUUUGAUGCUCCCGGUCUGAACACAUAUAGUGUCGUUCGCAUCCACCACAAACCCGUUUUCCACCAUUAG